GGCGCAGCCCUUGGGUGCUGACCUUUGAGAUCUUCAUCCCCCUGGUGCUCUUCUUCAUCCUUCUGGGGCUGCGGCAGAAGAAGCCAACCAUCCCUGUGAAGGAAGGUGGCUUUCUACACGGCGGCACCGCUCACCUCAGCUGGGAUUCUGCCCGUCAUGCAGUCCCUGUGCCCUGAUGGCCAGCGUGACGAGUUCGGCUUCCUGCAGUAUUCUAAAUUCACGGUGACGCAGCUCCUGGAGCACCUCAGUGAAGCAGUGGAGCAGAGCAGCCUUUUCGACCCAGAGCACCCGGGGCUGGAGGAGGAGCUGGAGUCGCUGCGCAGGCAUUUGGAGGCUCUCAGCAGCAGUGAGCCCAGCUCCAUGGACACCCAUUUCAACAACCCAGCAGGAUCUGGCUUCACGCUGGCGUGGGCAGCCAAGGACCGGGGCGAGCUGCACCGCUUCCUGACACAGAACCUGUCCCUGCCCAACAGCACAGCCGAGCUGCUCCUGGGCUCCAGUGUUGACCUGAGGGAGGUCUAUCGCCUGUUUUUCGGUUCCUUUCCUUUGGUACCCGAUGAGACCUGGGAGCGAGACCUGUGGGAUGGGUUCGGCGCCAGUGAGAAGAUGACGCGGAUAGAG